AUGAUAGAGAUCGUGGACGAUAAGUCGAAGUACUGCAUCCCAUUUCUGCUGGAGCGUUUGCGUAUCCACACAGCACGGCAUCCCUAUAAUACCCCGCCAUUCUUUCUGGGGCUCAAUGGCGUGCAAGGCGCCGGCAAGACUGUGUUAGUCUCAACACUACAAGACCUACUUCGCUCCGAGCCAUACUCGCUGUCUGUAAUCACAUUGUCGCUGGACGACAUUUAUUUAACCCACGCCGACCAGCUCGCCCUCGCGAGAGCCCAUCCAACAAACCCACUGCUGCAGCACCGCGGUCAGCCUUCCACACAUGACCUUGAUCUCGGUGUCCAAGUUUUCAAUUCUCUCGCUUCAGAGCAGCCCACAGCCAUCCCGCAAUAUGACAAAUCUGCCUUUUCCGGUCAGGGCGACCGCGUUCCCGACUCGCAAUGGACUGUUGUGAAUCGUGAAGGUCAAAAGAAAGUUAAGGUGAUCAUAUUCGAAGGGUGGUGUGUCGGAUUCCGGGCAUGCGAUGAGCAGACCCUCCACACCAAAUGGGAGAGCGCGGUUCGAGCAAAGGAGAGCGGCAACUAUCAAGGAAGGCUGGGACACCUCAAGUACGAGGAUAUUCAAGCAGUGAAUGAGGCAUUGAAACGGUACAAUGUUCUGACCGACAAACUCGACGCGCUGAUUCACAUCGAUGCCCAAGACCCCAGAUUCGUCUAUGAAUGGCGACAGGAGCAAGAGCGUACCUUGCGCGCCGCAACAGGUAACGGGAUGUCUGAGGAUCAGGUCAAGGACUUUGUUGACGGUUACUAUCCCUCCUACGAAAUUUUCACGGAAUCGCUCCGUGAGGGCGUUUUCAGGCCCCAAACAGGGGCCGCAAAUUCGCUUGAUUGGCAGGGAAGACAGCUUCGCCUGGUGGUUAAUCGCGACCGACGAGUCGAGGAGAUAAUUCAGAUUUGA